UGCGUCUAGGAGGAGAAACAAAUCCCAAUUUCGGAUAACCAUUUCCUUAGAAGAGAGUGUUUAUGGUUUGGACUGAAGAUAUCAGCAUGUCUCGUACCGACGAGGUCCACCGCGUUACAGAGAAUGUCUACAAGACCAUCAUGGAGCAGUUCAACCCCUGCUUGCGGAACUUUGUUGCCAUGGGGAAGAACUACGAGAAAUCUCUCUCCACUGUGACAUUUGCAGCCAAGGGCUACUUUGAUGCACUGGUGAGGAUGGGCGAGCUGGCCAGUGAGAGCCAGGGAUCCAAAGACCUCGGGGACGUGCUCUUUCAGAUGGCCGAGGUCCACCGGCAGAUCCAAGUGCAGCUAGAGGAAAUGCUGAAGUGCUUCCACACUGAGCUGCUUUCAGAGCUGGAGAAGAAAGUGGACCUGGAUGCCAGAUACCUGACUGCGGCACUGAAGAAGUACCAGAUGGAGCACAAGAGCAAAGGCGAAAGCCUGGAAAAAUGUCAGGCUGAGCUGAAGAAACUGCGUAGGAAGAGCCAGGGCAGCAAGAACCCAUCCAAAUACAACGACAAGGAGCUGCAGUAUGUGGAGACCAUCAACACUAAGCAGGGCGAGCUGGACAACUUCAUCGCAGAGGGCUACAAAACUGCUCUGUCAGAGGAGCGCAGGAGAUACUGCUUCCUGGUUGACCGCCAGUGCGCUGUGGCCAAGAACAGCAGUGCCUACCAUGGCAAGGGCAAGGAUCUGCUCACCCAGAAGAUCCCGGUGUGGCAGCAAUCCUGCUCUGAUCCUAACAAGCUCCCGGAGAGGGCCAUGUUGCUGGUCCAGCAGAUGAUGUCUGGCUCGAACCCCCUUCUCUCCAGCCCACUGCAUUCCUCUAAGGGCAAUCUGGUCAUCUCGGACCCGAUCCCUGGUGCUCAGCCCCUGCCUGUGCCCCCUGAGCUGGCUGCCCUCAUGGGCCACCCAGGGAGGCUGAUGGGUCCUGAUGGUAUGUCUCUGGUCAAUGGUACAACAGGAAUGCAAGGGGAGGAGUACUGGGCUGAAGGGGGUGUGUCUCAGGGAAGACCCGCCUCCCCACAGCCUCAGUCUCAGAGUCAGCCACAGAGGCAGGUCAGCGAGGUUUACUCCAACACCCUGCCUGUCCGCAGACCCCAGCCCGCUAAGAGCAAGGCCACCGUGGGAGAGACACGGACUCUGCCCAGGUCCAGCUCCAUGGCAGCAGGACUGGAGAAGAACGGGCGUUCACGUGUGCAGGCCAUCUUCUCUCAUGCUGCUGGUGACAACAGCACACUGCUCAGCUUUACCGAGGGUGACAUUAUUACACUGCUGGUGCCCGAGGCUCGGGAUGGUUGGCAUUAUGGAGAGAACGAGAAGAACAAGAUGAGAGGCUGGUUCCCUUUUUCUUACACACGAGUGUUACCCGAAAGCGACAGUGACAAGCUGCGAGUUAAUCUACAUCACGGGAAGAGCAGCAGCACGGGGAACCUGCUGGAGAGAGACGACACGUCUCUGCCCAUGCCUGACUACGGUCUGACCGCCCGUCUGUUGGCUCAGAGCCUCACACAGAAUCGCCCUCGUCCCUACAGCAUGGCUGGCUUCACACAGCCAGCGAUUGAGGAUUAUGACAGUCGUUUUGCCACAAGUUUGGGUCCUGAAUUGUCCCGGUUCUGAGUGUACAGGACCUCCUGACCACGCCCUGGAGGUCUACCUCAGAUCAAGCCUGAUGGAUGGCCACACAGCUCAACUCUUCUACUAACAUGGCCUGUUUACAGGCCUGCUCUCUACCACCUGAAAUAAUACACAGAGCCACAUGCUUAAGACUCUAUAGGGCAACUGGGGAUAAAGCCCUGGAUCCAUAGCUCGGGGUACUAGGAAUUAAACAGGUGUUUCAUAUAGCUUUCUAAACAUUGCUGUAUAGUUCUACGGAAAUGGCAGCUUCAGUCUGAGCUGCUCUGAAGAGAAAUUAGCUGUGUAUGUGGGAAAGGGUUAUAGAUCAGCGAUAACGAUCCCAUUAUGGUUAUAUAUAGUUAUUCAUGUUGGUUAAGGGUUUUGAUACAAAGUUAAGAAAUAUUUCACAAAAAAAAAGCUAGCUACAUCAAAAGGUGUAAAAAUCUAAUGAUCGCAUAUAUAUUAUUUUAGUUAUUUUUCUUUAUUCCUCAUUUCUCUAUUAUUGCCGUAGGCCUUGGCUGUUAUCAUCAUUAGUCAAGGUAAGAUCAGUGCUUUUAGUUAUAUUAGCUGCUGAAUGAAAAGUGAUCUUCUUAAGGCUUUCCUCUGCCGUUGCUAUAGCUGCUGUAAAAUGAGGCUUUCUUUUGGGGCAUGGGUGGCACAGUGGUAAAGGCUUUGGGUUACUGCUCACUUUAAAUCCCAGCAUUACCAGAAAACCACUGUUCAGCCCUUGAGUAUGUCCCCAAACCCUCAAAUGCUCAGCGGAGUUGCAUUUGUUUGAAAUGUUUUUGUCAAAUGACUAAAUGUACCUUGGCAAAGGCUCCAUCUGGCACCUCAAUACUGUGGACACUUCUGUAAUGAAAGUGUCACUGCACUCAUCUGUAUUGCUUCAAUAUAAAGCUCUAGCAGUGUCCUGGCAGGGAAGCUUGUACAAUGUUUUUCCCACCAGGGGUUUGUGCCUUCUACUGCAUCAGGUGUUCUGGCUUUAAAGAAAAAAAAGAAAAAAAAGCCCACAUGUUCAUAGGCAAAGGGGAAACUUCAGAUUUUUGUAUUGAUGUUUGCUUUUUAGUUUUUUAUUUUCCAUUUUAUUAUAGACACUACAAAAUGAUGACAUCAUUGUGUUGUUGAUUAACUGUGUCGAAAAAAAAAUCUAUAUAAACAAUAUUGUUUCUUCUCUCACAUUUAAUACUGCUUCUUCAGAAACAAAAACAAUCAACAUUAGAUUUGUGGGAUUAUGAGCACACAUACAAUUGCUUACAAUGAACAAUUAGUGUAAAUAGAACUUUCUCUCGAUUUGUUUGAGUACAUCUUCAGUAAGCGUUUCAUCUUGGUCAGAGUCAUGGCGGGAUCCAGCACCACUCCGUGGAUGGGACUCCAGUUUAUCACAGAAAAUCAUGUACACACAGUCUCACACUCAUUCAUUCCUAGUCUUACAAAUCUGCAGUCACCACCACCAUCUUUUUUGGGAUGAGGGAAACUAUAGGAUGGGGAGGAAACUCCACACACACAUUGGCAGACGAUGCACAAAAACUGUAAUGCACAUGCAGUCACCUGAGCUCAGGACUGGACUGGGGAUCCUUGGUUGCAUUACCGUGUUGUCUACAUGUUAAAAUGUUAAUAAAAAAUCCACUUAUCUGCAGGUCACUUGUUGAAUCACUCUUGUGCUUAUUUAAAAAUUAUCCUUACUACUGGAACUCAGAACUCCAGCAAAUAUGAGCUCAAGAUUUUCUUUCUUUCUUUUUUUUUUUUUGUGAGAAUGUGCCAUUUUCUCUAACACAGGGCAUCUCCUGUUCUGUGCUACAACAUAUACAGUCCUAUUAUAGACAAAUGCUAGUUGACUAUGAAUUGUGAGAAUUAGCUUAAAGUAAUUGCCUGAAAAUGUUUUCUGAUCUCAUUUUCUUUUCUUAACACCUUGAUAUUGUUUAGAUAUGUGUCUUUUUGAAACCUUGCGACUUGUACUUCUAAAUCCUACUUAGUCUUGAAAGCUUAUGUGUACUUGCAGUAGCAUAUCCUGGUAUUAAUUGAGUGCACCGAUAAGGCUGGAGACAUUUCAUGUCUUAUUGGAAUGGCAAUGAAUUCGGAGAAUGAAUGUGUGUUGAAACCAAAUCCAUUUUGGCUGUCGGUCUUCUUUUCAUGCUUAUUUAUGUUGAAGCAUUUUAAUAAUACAUAUUUCUGUUCUUUGUGAAAUAAAAAUUUACGAAAUCAA